UUUCUCUCUCUCUCUCUCUCUCUCUCUCUCUGUCUCUCUGUAUCUCUGUCUGUCCAACAAAAACGAAGAUGAAGGGAUUGAAGAUCUUGUUGGUGUUGAUUGACAUGGCGUUAACUCUAUGCGCUUGUCAUUCUAGCGCUGCUCUUCAUCCUUUGAUUCUGGUGCCUGGAAAUGGCGGAAACCAGCUUGAGGCCCGCUUAACAGGCGCCUUCAAGUCAUCGAGCCUGCUGUGCUACCAGCCGUUUCUUCAUCACAAGGAAGAAGACAAGAGUGAUUGGUUCAGGCUGUGGUUCGAUCCCAAAAUUCUGCUAUCUCCUUUCACUAGGUGCUUUGCUCAGCAGAUGACCCUUUACUACGACCCAGACAAGGAUGACUACCAUAAUGGUCCAGGUGUUGAGACCAGGGUUCCUUUCUUUGGAUCUACUCAAAGCCUUGCCUACCUUGAUCCCAACCUUAAGCACAUAACCUCAUAUAUGGCAAACCUUGUGAAAUCACUGGAACAAAUUGGCUACAUAGAUGGUGUAAACCUAUUUGGAGCGCCAUAUGACUUCCGCUACGGUCUAGCCGCAGAAGGUCACCCAUCUUUCGUGGGCUCUCGCUUCCUCCAUGAUCUAAAGGAACUGAUCGAGAAUGCAAGCGCGACUAAUGGAGGAAAGCCUGUGAUAAUCAUGUCUCACAGCUUAGGAGGCCUCUUCGUGCUCAACCUCCUCAACAGAAAUCCACUCUCUUGGCGCCGGCGAUACGUAAAGCACUUUGUUGCACUGUCAGCGCCAUGGGGCGGAACCGUUGAGGAAAUACUCACCUUUGCUUCAGGCUACACCCUUCGCGUGCCCUUCAUAGACCCUUUGCUGGUAAGAGAGGAACAGAGGACCUCAGAGAGCAACCUGUGGCUCUUGCCUUCUCCUAAAAUAUUUGGCCAGAUGAAGCUUCUGGUAAUUACCCAGAAUGCAACUUACUCAGCAUCUGAUAUACCACGAUUCCUGGAGGAUAUAGGUUUCCCCCAAGGAGUUCAACCUUACAAAUCGCGCAUUCUGCCACUAAUCGAACACGAACAGUUGAUAGCGCCAGAGGUGGCGGUUACUUGCAUAAUUGGGUAUGGCGUCGAGACUCCCGAGACCUUGUUUUAUGGAAGUGAGGGGUUCGAUAAGCAGCCUGAAGUUGUUUAUGGGGAUGGGGAUGGGACUGUGAACAUGGUAAGCUUGUUAGCUGUUGAAGCCAAGUGGGCCGACACGGCAGAGCAGCCUCUUAAGGUGAUCAGAAUCCCUGGUGUUUCUCAUACGGGCAUCCUCAAUGAUAUUGUUGCACUUGAGAAGAUCAUUACUGAAAUUUCUGAUAUAAACUCAGUUGUUACUGGCUCUGUUGCAUAGAAGUUAUACUUAUACCUAUAAAUUUCUUCCUCUUUUUUUUUUUCUUCUUUAAUUCAAAUAUUGAUUUGUCCCUUACAACUGAGAUAUAUGAUUGUUCAAAAUUGGACCUUGAGAAAUGAGGAUGGUUUGUUUCUUAA